GCCCCCUGCUCCUUUCCGAAUUAGAAGUAUUUUGAUUUUUAUUCAUCUAUAUUAAUGAAUUGUAGUCCAUGGAUCCAAGUAGGAUAGGGAACCAAACAUGUGGCCUAACACAAGUUUCGCAACGACGUCGAAAGCGCAGAAAUACUGGCACUACGGCGGCGCUGAAACGGAAGACCUUAUAAAGGCGUCCGUCCGUCCGUUGGUGUGUCGCUGCCCUUUCGCCCUCUCCUUUGACCCCUCGUCUCGUCCUCCUCUCCAAGCCCCCCCGCCCCCCCGCCCCCGCGGGCGUAAUCCAGCUCGGCUCGGCGCCAUGGCCAACAGCAACCUCCCGCGCCGAAUCAUCAAGGAGACGCAGCGGCUCCUCAGCGAACCAGCGCCAGGGAUUAGUGCCUCGCCGUCGGAGGAGAACAUGCGGUACUUCAAUGUCAUGAUCCUUGGCCCCGCGCAGUCACCCUAUGAAGGUGGAGUUUUCAAGCUUGAACUAUUCUUGCCUGAGGAGUAUCCAAUGGCUGCUCCAAAAGUUAGAUUUCUCACCAAAAUUUACCAUCCCAAUAUUGAUAAGCUUGGUAGGAUAUGCCUUGACAUUCUUAAGGACAAAUGGAGUCCAGCUCUUCAGAUACGUACUGUUCUGUUGAGUAUCCAGGCACUGCUGAGCGCACCAAAUCCAGAUGAUCCUCUCUCAGACAACAUUGCAAAACACUGGAAAAGCAAUGAAGCUGAAGCUGUCGAAACAGCGAAAGAGUGGACUCGCCUGUAUGCAAGUGGGGCAUGACAACCAAGUGUGUUGUUAUCUUUGUAAUAACAGUGUCAUAGUUUGAUCCCGAUUGAAUAUCACUUGCUUGAGCGAGCAAAUUGCGAUAUUUUGCAACGGGGAAAAAUGUUCGAACAAAACAACAGUUCGAAUUAUGCUUUGUACUUGUGGCUCUAGCUCCCUUCACUGCAGUAAGCAUCAGAGCAGGUGUUGUUUGGUCUGUUUCUACUUGCUCUUUAGUGGCUCGUGCUCCCGUUACAGUCCGAUCUAUUUUGACUUGUUCACCA